AAAAUGGCGGCUAACAGUCGAAGUCCUAUGGAGUCUUCUGCUCUACAGUUGGGCACGAUUAGCAGCUCUACUGAAACAGACAACGGUCAAACAUCGAAACGUCGACGAUUAGAAACGGCAAAGGAUAGAACAGACGUUGCGGUGCUGCGUGAGCGCGAUGAUGUCAUCGAUGAUGUCAUCGACCAAGACCCGGAUGCUGAAUUGCCGGAAGCCGACUCCCCGGAUACAGACUCCCCGGAUACAGACUCUCCGGAUGCUCCUGGUCCGUUAGGUUGGGUGCAAAGGCAGGUGAUGUCUGGUGCUAAUCCCAGAGACGUUCUGUCACGUUUGAUACCAACUAGUGUGUACAUUCCACCCGAUAUUGACGACUUUACUCUGUGGAAGCUGGUGGUUCAGAUUCUAAGUAAACCGUCGCGAAACAAACUCCCGGAUAUUAACACAAUUGAUGACGUUAUAAAUCUGUUACAAACUUGCUCUAAAAUAAUGGUGAUCACUGGUGCAGGAGUUUCGGUUUCAUGUGGGAUUCCAGAUUUUCGAUCUCAACAUGGAAUUUACGCUCGUCUGGCUGUUGAUUUUCCUGAUUUGCCAAAUUCACAAGUGAUGUUUGAUAUCAAUUUUUUUCGGAAGAAUCCGCUGCCGUUUUUUAAGUUUGCGAAAGAAAUCUAUCCGGGUCAGUUCCAGCCUUCGUUGACUCACAGAUUUAUUGCAUUGCUAGAGUCACGUGACCAAUUGCUUCGGACGUACACUCAGAAUAUUGACACUCUAGAACAGGAAGCCGGUCUCACUCGUGUUGUUCAGUGCCAUGGCUCGUUUGCCACAGCAUCUUGUACUAAUUGUAAAUAUCAAGUCGAUUGUGAAGCCAUUCGAUUAGACAUAAUGAAUCAAGUUGUGCCUAAGUGUCCUCGUUGCUCAGCCGAUAGCUCGGAUGCGUUUGCAGUCAUGAAGCCUGACAUUGUGUUCUUUGGUGAAGGAUUACCUGAUGCCUUUUAUGACACGUUGAAGAGUGACAAAGAUGUUGUUGAUCUCCUCAUUGUCAUCGGGUCGUCAAUGAAGGUUCAACCUGUUGCGAUGAUUCCAAACAUGCUGCCUGCUAAAGUUCCUCAAUUACUAAUCAACAGAGAGCCGCUACCACAUCUAAACUUCGAUGUUGAGCUACUUGGAAAUUGUGACGACAUUGUGGAGCAUUUGCUUUCCCGUCUUGGUGAUGGUUGGAAACAUAUAGUAGACAAAUGUAAAGUAACUGACAAAACACAAUGCAUGGAAGAACUAAGAACAGGCAGUCAGACAUGUGAUAUGUAUGCGGAUAAUGUAGAUGCCAAGGACAGUUUAGUAAGUAAAAAACCAUUGGUAACACAUGCAAUUGGUGAGACAUUAAAGAAAGGUGGAGUGAGGCCGGACGCAGAUAGAUGUCAAUCAGAUGAGAGUGAUAUAUGUAGAAAUGGUGUGGAUUCUGUUGCGGAGAACGAGCAGUCAGGAGAGAGGUCUUCUGGCAUACGAAGUCCAAGUGAAACAAACAAAGACGAGAACACCAACGUGGACACACAUGCAGCUAUCACGAAUGGCCAGACAACAGACAAGAACAACACUUGUGGUUCAAAACCGAUUGCAUCGUUUGAAGAUUUGUUAGCGGAUGCGAUGACAAGAGGAGAACCGUACGUUUACGUUUCUCCUAGUUGCUAUUUAUUUCGUGGAGCUGAUUUAACAUCAAUCUCUCAUGACGAGACAAGCAGUGAUGACGACAGUGAUGAUUCUGGAGAUGAAGUUGAGAGUGAGAACAGAGAGAGUUGUGCACUUGAAGAUGUUCAGGGACUGUCAGAGGAUUGAAUUAGUUGCUGAGUGGUUUUACAUGUUGCAGAUUGUACAAGGCCGUGCAGCUUCGAUUAUCACGAUUAUCACGAUUAUGUAUUGUAUUGUAUUUGGUGACGUUAAUUAAUAAUUAUUUGACACGUUUACCUUUUGUUUGUUUGCUAUUUAUUACAAGUUGUAGAGGAUGGCUUGGGUAAUUCUGGUUAGUUUUUCUUUGUGUUGUACUGGAGUAGUCAACAUCUCAUAUCAAUAAAAUCUGAUUAUACGGGAUGUUUAUAGAUAACAUCCGGGUAUUUAAUUAUUUAAA